AUGGACAACAAGCUUAAGACAUAUAUCACACGCAAAUUCCACAGCACCGGGAGUACAGGCCUGCAAGAGUUGGAUCGGUUCUGCGCCAAAACUUAUAUUUUCAUUACUUGCAACUCUCAUGACUAUACCAACGGCUAUAUCAGUCGCCGACAAUUGAGCAUGGUAAUUAUUAUGCGGCUCAGUGCCCUGGUAUUUACCGCACGGUAUGCCUGGGCGGCCAUACAUGACAGUCCCACCACUCGUACAUUACUGGCCAACACUAACCACUUGUUGGGCGGCAAUUCACGAGUAAUAUCAGCCCUGUUUAGUCUGAUUGGGGCACUCGUGUCGGCCAUAGCGCUCAUCACCAACUAUAUGGAGUGGACGGGUAGUCACCAUACCAUCAAAUUUAUGAACGAUAUACAGUGCAACAAAGUACAGGUGCCCCUUAACGAGCAUAAUCAAUUGAGAUUUACGAAACGAGCCCACGCAUUGACCAACCUGGUGUUUGCCGGCUCAGUGUACUGCUUAUUGUCCAUGGCUUAUGUUAAAUACCAAUUGCAAGAGAUUAACGCGGGAAUUGUGGCCGGGGUAAAAGCGGGGCACACUGGCCUUGUUUUGGCCAGUAUUGAACAUCAUUACAGCGUGGUAAAAAAUAUCCACUUGCUAAAUAAUUCAUAUAGAGGUGUAUUACUUGUACUGUAUAUGGUGUGCACACCGGCCGUGGAUCUGAUGAUAUACCUGUCCAUCGGUGGCCACACCAGCAAUCCGUGGGCGCGGCUAUUGUUUGCCUUUCUAGCCCUGCAAUUUAUGGGGUGUUUGUUUAGUUUGACCCUAAUGUGCGCAGAGGUGACCAACGCUGUACACUAUUCCCGGCCACACAUGUAUACGCUUUUGCUGAGCACUACCUGUGCCUGCGCUGUGUCCGUACAGUCGCGGCUUAAAGUACUCGCUUUUAUUGAACUACUUUCCGGUCCCGAUAUUGGCCUGCGGGCUCUGGACGACGGUCUGGCGCUGACACCACCGAUGGGUUGGCUGUCGUGGGAGAGGUUUGCCUGUCAAGUGGAUUGUGUGAAAUACCCGCAUAGUUGUAUCAAUGAACAGCUGUAUAAGGAUAUGGCCGACAGGUUUGUGGCCGACGGGUACCAGAAGUUGGGCUACGAAUACAUCAAUAUUGACGACUGUUGGAGCGAAAAGGAAAGGGAUGCCAACCAUCGACUCGUGGCCGACCGGAAACGCUUCCCGAGUGGUAUCAAAGCUCUGGCCGAUUAUAUGCACUCAAAGGGACUCAAACUCGGCAUUUAUGGCGACGUCGGGAACCUUACGUGCGGACAAUACCCUGGUCAAAAUAACCACACCAAAGGUGGUAAAGACUUUUACGACCUAGAUGCUCAGACAAUUGCCGAAUGGGGCGUUGACUCAUUCAAGUCGGACGGCUGUUGGGAAGAGCCCCUGGACUUUGAUGUGUUGUACCCGAAAAUGGGCAAAGCUUUGAAUGCAACAGGCCAUAAGAUGCUGUUCAUAUGCGAGUGGCCUUUCUAUCAAUACGUCUAUAGGUCUAAGAAUCCGGACUAUGAGGCCAUCGCUAAGACAUGCCAUGUGUUCAGGAAUUACAACGAUGUGACCGAUUCCUGGGCCAGCAUUGACUCAAUUAUCAAAUAUUACGGCGAUUACAACGAAUUAUUCAAAAAAUAUAACGGACCCGGACAUUGGUCAGACCCCGAUGAGCUAACAAUCGGCAAUUGGGGCCUAUCAUGGGAACAGAGUCGGACCCAAAUGGCCAUGUGGUGCAUGUGGUCGUCCCCUCUAUACAUGUCCACUGAUUUGCGUAAACUUAAGCCCGAAUUCAAAGCCAUUUUGCAAAAUAAGGCACUCAUCGAAGUGGAUCAGGACAAACAUGGUAUUAUGGCUACCCGUGUGUUCAAAGACGACAAUCGGCAGGUAUGGGUAAAACCAGUUGAGCCCAUUGUGAACGGCGAGUGGUCCUAUGCCGUGGCCUAUUUGAACAAGGAACUUUUGGGUGAUGCUAUACUUAUGUCACACAAAGUGACUGAACUGAUCCCUACGGCUAAGCCUGGAGUGCAAUAUGAAGUGCACGACCUGUUCCUCGAUGAGGGCAAAGAAGUGUUGGGAACCGUUACCAGAGAUGAUAGUCUGGAGCUAAUGAUCAAUACGGCCGGCGCUGUCCGUAUGGUUAAACUCUUGGUUAAGAAAUAA